CAACAUUAUACCAAACGAUAAACAGAUCAUGGCAGCGUCGACGACGACAAUGGACGUGCGUAUUAACAGUACCUCACAAAACAACACGACAACUACGUCAACAAUCACACCAUCAUUGCCAAUGGCCAUGGACGUGGACGAACCCUCAUCCUCCACCACCGCAUCCACAAAACGCAAACCAAAAUCCAAGAAACCCCCCCACAUCCUGCACAUGUCCACGCACAGAAACCCACCACACAGAUACUUUACUCUCCGGCUCAUCACGUCUCCUCCACCUCCUCCUUCUUCGUCCUCGUCUUCAUCACCAUCGUCCCAAGCCAAAGAAAAACAACAUCUAGAUCCCCUAACCCUGCACCCACUCCUCACAAACCCUCUCCAAUCCUACCUCGGGUUAACAGGGUCGAGUAUCCCCUUCGACAUCCUGAGUAUCGAUGGCUUGGACGUGACGGUGCGCGUGCCGCGGGAAGAUGCGAGGGCGUUCCGGGCUGGGGUUAGUAGUUGGGUUGGGGGCGUGGAGAGAGGCUUGAUUCCGGGGUUUGAUGAGGAGGGGGAUGGGGAUGGGGUGGGAGGGAAGAGGGUUAGUGUUUCUUGGAGGGUGCUGAGGGAGGUUGGGGGUGCGGCUGGGUUGGUGGGGGAUGGGGGGGAGUUGUUUGCUUGA